GUUACUUUGUCUGCUGUGUCUAUGACUAAGUUGUCAUUUUACUAUGGUUGUCAUGGCAAUGUCCUCGCUCGACCCCUCGGUUGUUUAUUUUAUUUGAUGCCCAAUAGUUACUUCCAUUUUAGAAACAAUUCAAAAUUAAGAAAGUAAUUUGUAUAUAUAUCAAACAACUUAUCGCAAUACGAUGACUGGAAUAAAACAGAUUAGAAAUAAAAAGUUAUUACCAGACUUACAGAAAGAAGGGGAACUAACGAAAGAAAUUGUACUUUCUACAAAAGAAAAACACGGCGUUCCUGCAGGCUCUCGUCUCUUUUCCCAUCACACAUUAGCUAGCGUUAGAAAACUAAGUUUUUACCAUCCUUUUUUUUUACCGAAAGACAGUCUGGACAUAGUCCUGGCAGCGACCUACAAUCAUUCAACGGAACGUUUUGCAGACAAAGAGGACUUGUAUUUACAACCAGAAACAGUUGGAUGUGAAACAUGGCGACGAUUGAGGAACACAUUUGAUAAAUUACCAGAAGUUCCUGUGUCGUUGGGUCAUCCAAUGAAGCGGGGAGGCGUUACGGAACGUAAUUCGCCUUUCAGCGUGAAACUAAUGAACUCUGGAGUACACUCCUCGCAAACCAAUCCAGGAUAUAGUCGACAGCCGGCGGGCGGCGCCAUUUUCUUUUAUUAAAAAUAUCUUUGAUCACGUAUCUAUUACUAAUUAUGUAAUAUAUUAUUAAAACACAUAAAAUAGAAAUGGCGUAUUAUUUUCAGACCAAUUAACUACUUCUAUAGCACCUGCUUCGCUAGAGGUUAUCCGUAUCCCUCUGUCAAAACUAUUUGAUCAUGAUCAAACGUCAUACAAACUGCGUCUAUAGAAUCGAUGUUUCACUUUGACUAUUUAGACUAGGUAUUGUGAUGUUAAGUAACCUAAAGCUUU